AGGUCGCUUCAGUCAGUCCAAGACUUUAAGCGCACCAAGUCGCCAGCCGCUCCGUGGAUCCGGUGGAUGUGGUUUAGUAUUGAAUAGCUCACCCGAUUACAACAUACUCUUGUGGCCAUGAAUCUGCGGUACAUCUGCACACUGUCGCUGGUGCCGACACUGUACGUACUGCUGGUGCUUCUCCUGGAAUUCGUAGAGGAGGGCUUGGCCCAGAAUGCGGAUCCGCUGUUUGAGCUGCCGGUCCAGCUAAUAGGAUUCCCCGUGAUCGUGCUUUCCGUCCGCCUGUCGCAGUUCGCCAAAAAACUGGCCUACUCCCUCAGUCCCAGCACCUACAGAUCGAGGAGCAGGCGGGAAACCUCCCAUCCUUUGGCCCUUGAUGCCGAGCUAGCUCAGAAGCAGAUCCUGGGAGAGUUUGGCCCUCAGGCUUGCAUCCUUGAAGAGCCCUGUCGAGUGCAUGCCUCUCGUCCCUCAGGCAGCAGCCAGCGCAGGACUCCUGGCGAAACAAAAUCGAAACCACAUGCUGCUUGGUCGGAAGUAUUGAGCAACUACAAAGUGCAACCGGGCAUUGGCGGGAUGAAACAAUGGUACCUCCUAUCGCUCUUCAUCGGCGAUGCGACGCGGGAUGUGCCGUUGUGCAAGCACCUGGCCAAAAGGAUGCCCUGUCCAGGAGUUGGACCUCUGCCGCCGCCCCAGCCCCGCUGAUGUGCGGCCGGACACUGUACUCCGCAUCCACUUAGUCAGUCGCAUCGGACAUCUUUGUUAAUCAUGCAUCCUCCAGUCACCUUCAUUCCCCAUCAUUUUACCGUACUUCUAGUUGCUUUUAAGGGUUUUAAUUUAAACGUACGCCCGCCAAAACAGACCUAGGCGCUUAGAUUUAUGAGUAAGCAAAUAAAUAAACAAACCAUCUGAAAAAAUCA